CUGUUGGUUACACUGGAACAAAUUGGAAAUUAGCAACGUUUAUCAGUUGAUUUCAUUUAAAUAGGUUCUGUGGGAAUAAAUCGGUCUGUGGUUGUAUGCACAGCGAGGUUUCUGGAGGAGCGCAGCGCAGCCGCAUGCACGGGCACCUAAUGAAGGUGUGCAAGUAAUAUUUUGAGAGCCUAGUAAGACACCAUGUCUGAAGAGGCAGUUUCAGAAAGUGACCUGGAGCCCAGCCUUAACAGUGAAUUGGAGUAUUUGGACAAUGAGGAAGAGGAGGACAAUGAAGACCUGGAGGACGAUGAGGAUGACAAUGAUGGAGACGAUGAAGAUGAUGAUGGUGUCGAACGGCCUGGGAGUGCACAGAGCAGGACGGAAGCCACUCAGGAUGGCAGGGACUCCCCUUCAGCUACCUCCGGAGAGCCGUCCCCCGAGGCUCCGUCCCAGCCCGCGUCCCCAACCUCCCCCAGACCCUCCUCCAGACCUGCCUCUAGCUCUCCGCCUCUGACAGGCCCAGAAAACCCAAGCAAGAGCAAGCCAGCUUCCAGCAAAACAAAGAAACAUAAAUCCUCAAAAUCAUCCAAAUCUUCUAAGUCCUCAAAAGGCUCCAAACUUUCCAAGCUAUCGAAGCCCGUACACAUGAGGAAGAAUAUCAGAAAGAUGCUGAAUGAGGAUCAGUUGGAGGCUGGGACCAAGGCUGCCCAACAGGAGGAGAUGGACCGGCGGAAACGUCUGGAGCAGCAGAGAAAGGACUUCCCUACAGCAGCUGUCCCAGAAGCUCAGCUAGUGGACGCUGCUUCAAUUGUAGGCGAAGUAUCUCACUUGGUCCCCGCUCUGCUCAGCCAGCAGGAUGUGAUCUGUCUGGACAGCAGUGGUGAUGAGGAGGACAUAAAGGACCCCAUGCUGCCUGCACUUGACAUUAGAGAUGAUAUAAUCGAGCUUAGUUCUGGCGAUGAAGACGCCCUGCAGAUAAGCAGCGAGUCGGCCGAUGAGGAUGCUGAUGGCACCUCAGAGGAAAGCAGCGGGGCGCACAUCAAUGACGUUAUGAAUCUGCCUGAUGCCCAGGGUCAAGUGCUGGUAAACAUCAGUCACCCUGCAGAGGAGAAAGACAUUUACCUCGCUCCACAGCUGGCCAAGGCGGUCAAACCUCACCAGGUUGGGGGAAUCCGGUUUCUCUAUGACAACCUCAUUGAGUCUCUGGAGCGGUAUAAAACGAGCAGUGGCUUUGGCUGCAUCCUCGCUCACAGCAUGGGGCUGGGCAAGACACUGCAGGUCAUUUCCUUCACUGACAUCCUACUGAGGAAUACUGAGGCUCACACUGUGCUGUGCAUUGUUCCUGUGAACACACUUCAGAACUGGCUGACAGAGUUUAACCUCUGGCUCCCACCACAAGAAGCUCUUUACCCGGACACUGACCCUGCAGUCAUCACAGGCCGCACCUUCAGAGUUCACAUUCUCAACGAUGAGCACAAAACCACGAUGGCCCGAGCCAAAGUUGUGGAGGACUGGUCUAGAGAGGGAGGGGUGUUGCUGAUGGGUUAUGAGAUGUACCGCCUGCUAUCUAUGAAGAAGAGUUUUGUGACGGGUAAGAAGAGGAAAUCAAAGAAGCCAGCAGGACCAAUCAUCAUCGACCUGGAUGAAGAAGAUAGACAGCAGGAACUCAUGAAAGGUAUUGAAAGGGCCAUAGCGCGGCCUGGCCCAGACGUGGUCAUAUGUGACGAGGGUCAUCGAAUUAAAAACUACCAUGCCAGCACAUCACAGGCCCUGAAGAACAUCCGCUCCCGGCGCAGAGUAGUCCUGACUGGUUACCCAUUGCAGAACAACCUCACUGAAUACUGGUGCAUGGUGGACUUUGUUAGGCCCGACUUUUUGGGAACACGUCAGGAGUUCAGCAACAUGUUUGAGCGGCCCAUUCUUAACGGGCAGUGCAUGGACAGCACACCUCAAGAUGUACGCUUGAUGCGCUACCGCAGCCACGUGCUGCACAGCCUGCUAGAGGGUUUUGUCCAGAGACGAGGUCAUGAUGUGCUGCGAGACCAGCUGCCCUCCAAGGAGGAGCAUGUGAUGUUGGUGCGGCUCUCUCCCAUUCAGAGGGCGCUGUAUAACGAGUUCAUGAAACGCUUCCGAGAAGCAGGGAACAGUGGCUGGCUCGGCCUGAACCCCCUCAAAGCCUUCUGUGUGUGCUGCAAGAUCUGGAAUCACCCAGACGUCCUCUAUGAAGCCCUGCAGAAGGAGAAUCAGGCCAACGAGCAGGACCUGGACCUGGACGACAUCACUUCAGCGAGUAACGCCCGCUGCAAUGCAUCCGGUGCUGGCCUCAAAGGCAAAGUAGCCGACUCAAGCAACAGCAAAGUCAACAACGCCCUGCCACUAGUCAAUCACUCUCAGGAAAGAGCCAACCAAGUCAUCACAUAUGAAUGGGCAAAGGGCAUAAUGUCAAACUACUGCACAGGACUUCUGGAGAAUUCUGCCAAGAUGACGCUGCUCUUCCAUUUGAUUGAGGAGAGCGUACAAAAGAGAGACAAGAUCUUAGUCUUCAGUCAAAGUUUGUCCACCCUGACGGUCAUUGAGGAGUUCUUAGCAAAGAGACCCAUGCCAGCAGGCGUCACCCCCCCUGACACCCAGAGGCAAACCUGGGUUCGCAACCUCAAUUACUACAGACUGGAUGGGAGUACAUCUGCCUCAGAAAGAGAGCGCCUUAUAAAUCAAUUCAAUGACCCAGAGAACACCGCAGCAUGGGUCUUCCUACUUUCUACAAGGGCGGGAUGCUUGGGGGUAAAUCUGAUCGGGGCCAACCGUGUCGUUGUGUUUGAUGCCUCCUGGAACCCGUGUCACGAUGCUCAGGCGGUGUGUCGGGUGUACCGCUACGGUCAGAGGAAACCUUGCUUCAUUUACCGCCUCGUCUGUGAUUUCACCUUGGAGAAAAAGAUCUAUGACAGACAAGUCUCCAAACAGGGCAUGUCCGACCGUGUGGUUGACGACCUGAACCCAGUGCUGAACUUCACCCGUAAGGAAGUGGAGUCGCUGCUGCAUUUUGUGGAAGAAGAACCUGAUCAAAGUCCUCGGCACAUGGGGGAUGAGUUUGAAGCUGUGAUGCAAAACGCUUGUCAGCUUUACCCACACCUCAUUUCCAAGCAACCUUUUCAUCACGAAUCUCUGCUGGUGGACCGGAAAGAGUCGAAACUGACCAAAGCAGAGAAGAGAGCCGCCAAGAAGAGCUAUGAGGAUGAGAAACGAGCCUCGGUGCCCUACUCUCGCCCCUCAUACGCCCCUUAUUACCCAACGAGUGAUCAGACACUCACAAACAUACCAGCAUUUACUCAACGCGGCUGGCGGGCCAUGGUGCGGCCGGAUGACAAGCCUGUGGCAAGUGUUAGACCCAUCCAGUCAACCCCAAUUCCCAUGAUGCCCCGCCAGGCCGGCAUGGGCAUGUCUGGCUCCAGCUCUGUGGGCAGCCUGCCUGUCAACUUCCUGCAGAAAGCUGGAGUUUAUGUGCAGAGGAUUACCACCACAACUGAUAUUGUAAUCCCAGGAUCCAACAGCACAACAGACGUUCAAGCUAGAAUUUCUGCAGGAGAGAGCAUCCAUGUGAUCAGAGGAUCAAAAGGUACCUACAUUAGGACAAAUGAUGGAAGGAUUUUUGCUAUUCGAUCUGGAAAAAUCACUAGGCAAGCUGUUGGGGGCUCUGCUGCCUCAAGAGACAUCCAGGGCUCCCAUAUCCAUGCGCUCAGUAACGGCUGUUUGUCGCCUGCGGAUCAUCAGCAGGGCUCCCCCAGCGAGGAUGGGCGGCCGUCCUCUCCCUUGAGCUCGGAGAUCCUCCGAGAGCUCAGCCGCUACACUUCAUCCACAGGAGAUGCCAACGCCGGCAGUGGGAAUGAGUUGCCGUCAGAAAUGUUGGCAUUACCAGCGGGUGAUGAAGGAAGUUCGCAAUACAACCAGAGCGGUGAUCUGAGCAGGCAACUCGGUGAGGACCUCUUGAGCUCCGCUUUAGAGAUGCGUGGCAGCAAGCGCAGAAGCACUGAGAGCCAGGGCAACACACCGAUAGGAGGCAAACGCUCUUCUUCUGCUGCAUCACGUUACCCCGGACUGUCCAUGGGCUCCAGUGGGCUCAGUUUCCCCCCCGGUGGUCUGAACUCCUCCUCCCUGCUGGGGAACAUGGGUCACAUGAGUCACCCUCUUCUAAUGGGUGGUAGUGGAGGGUCUUCAUUCCUUCAGACUCCAGGACAAACCCUGGCUGACCUACAGACCAUGUUCACCUCUGCAGGCUCGGACCUACUGAGACAGCCGUCCACAGGGAACGGACACCUCCCCACCCCCUCCUCCUCGUCCUCCUCUAUGUCUCCCGUCUACUCCUCUGCUUCGGCCACCAUCCCUAUGUCAUCUACACCCUCUGCAGCGACUUCCUCCUCCCUGGCUUCAGGUUCUCUGCCUCCCUACCUGAUGAAUCCCAACAUGGCCGACCUGCUCUCUUCAGGCUUCCCCCUCAACUACAGUCAGUCGCUGCUCUCUGAGUCCAGGAUGUUCUCCAGCCCUCUCCUUUCAGGGGGAUUUCAAACGCCCAACUCCAGCUCUAACACAUCCAGUUUCCUCUCCCAUUUCAACAACCCAACUUCCAGCCUUUUGGGGGCAGCUCUCACCCAACCGGACAUACAUCAGAGUACGGAGAACGGCGGCAGUAGUUCUGAUGACGAUGUUAUUGAGGUGACAGGACAGUAGAGACUUAAGAAGCCCUGCAGAUGCAGUUUCACACAUAAAACAGUUUAAUCAAUCACGGCUAACACAAAAUACAUUAGGAGUGGGAAUUAUUACAUGUUUAAUAAAUGAACUAGAUUGACUCUGUUAACGGGCCGUCUCCACAGCAGCGUUACAGUAUCUACCCGAUUUGUAUGAACUGAUGAUUGAUAGACAGGCGUAUUGGCAUACUCUGAAUAUGUAAUUACAUCAUAAAGAAGACAGAAAGGGAAAUUCCACAAUGAUGACUUAACUGGUCAUCUAGAUUUUAAAUGCACAAAUAAAUACAACUUUUCAGGAACUAAAAAGAGAAUUGUUAAUCCAAAACAACAACUUAGAAUUUGGAAAAGCUUGUGAUAAGUUAAAUGUGUUUCAAGCCCUUUAAAUCAGUUUUACAUAAUCACCAGUGAAGUGAACUGUAAUACCAUUCCUAAUGUUCUCAUGAAGCUACACACACACACACACACACACACACACAGAUUCUCACCUGCAAGGAGAACUUGUACCUCGAUGACUUUUCGAAGUCAGAGUAACAAAUCCUUAUGCUGAAUAUCUGGGACUUGUUCAGCUGAAGCAUCAGAGCAGUGGGAUCAGAACUUUGUAGUUCGGGGACCAGCUGAAUCUUUCCGGGGCUUUCUAGCCUCGCCUGCUACACUUUAAAGCGAGGCCUCGUCUUUCCUUUAUUUUUAUUUCCCCUGAGUUCAGAAGAAGUCAUGUGAUGAAAACAGAUUCAUGUCUGAUUGCCUCAUGAUAUAUUGCUGUGAAACAGUCUAGUACAAACCAAAAUUUGACUUACUGUUCCACAUGUCAGCAGUACUCACCUGCUGAACACGUAUAAUAACACAAUACUUUUCUUUCAGCACAGUUUCCUUUCUAGUAAACAAUACUAGAAAGUAAAAAAGUACAAAUAACUCACAAUGGCCACAGAACGUGGGCUUAAUGUUUUUAAAAAUCCUACUAAGCUUACCUUUAACUCAGAAAUCUUAGGCUCUCUGAGAAUACUUUACUCUUUAGCAAUUUGAUAGGCGUUGUAGCAUCCUCUGUUGAAAGGAUAUUAUGUGUGAUACUAUAACUGAAUAUGUUGAUACUUUGUAUAUAGCAGUCAUUAUCAUUGUUUAUAUUGCAAGUCAAUAAUGUGCAGUGUGUAGAUUUUGGUUGUAGGGAGAGGUUUUAUUAUUACAAUCAUGCUGAUAAACAUGCUCUUCCAUUUAUGCUGAGGAAACACAUUUACGUUCUACUUUAUAAUUUACCUUUUUUACCCCCUUAAAACUAAAAUGAAUGUAUUUACUGUUAGCCUUUGAUAACGCAGGGGCUUGGAACAUGGAUUCGGACUGUGUUCUUUCAUAUUUAGCCUUAAAUAACACAAAGGGGUCUUGAGUCUUAGCAUUUUUUAGAAUCUUAGUGCAUUCUUUUACAAAUCUGUUAGAGAUACUGAGUAUUUAGACCGUUGGUGUCAAACAAAAAAUAAAUAAAAGUGUUGGGCAGAUUCAGGAUUGUGAUAUAGAGAAGUGUGAAAGCCAAAAGGAACACAAAAGGAGUUCAAUGUUGCUUACUCAGUCGCCUCUUUUGUUGCAGUUUUUACAGAUCAGUUAGCCUUGACUAUACAUGUAGAUUCGACCCCUUUUUUCACCCCCUUGCUAAAAAACAAACGCAACCUAAACCGUAGAACACAUUGCAUUCAUGCAGCCUGAGUCAAUGUCCAUCAAAAGGGGUAUCAAACAUUUCACUACGACCACCUCUGACUGGCAGAACCAGGUCCGGUGUUAUGGUGGCCUUACCAAAAUGACGCUGUCAUAACGUGGUAGCUUUUUACAGAGGUGCGUCUUUUAAAGCAGUGCUGUGUAAGUAGCUUCUGUCAGUCGUGUCAGUCAGUGUAGGUCAGCGGUGCUUUAGGGGGUUUAGGUCUUUGCUGUUCUCUGUAGCCUUGUGUUUCUGUGUUGUGAAGACACCUCCAAGGUAUGUCGAUUUAGACAAGUCUUUCUCCUCUGUUGGUAAAAUAGGCCAGAUGCAGUGGUUGUUAGCAUUUUAUAGAAAAACUGGAUAACCUGAGACAACAGAUCAUUCCCUCUUUUGAAGUAUUUUUUUGUAGAUUUUCUUUCCUUGUGGGGACCUUUUUCUCCCACAGACUACGUACUGUUCACUUUCUGUUACUAAUGGAUGCUUCCAGUGGUUGUUCUGGAUGUUUCCUUUUUUUCAUCAAGGAUGUAUCCAGUUUUCUUCCCCAUGUCUUGGAAUCUUGAAUUGGUUUGUGUUUGACCUGGCACUUUGAAAAAGUAUAUCUGUUGGUUAACUGUAUGAGGUAAAUCAUACUGACGCCAUGUCUUUAUUCUCAGUCUUCUCGAAAAACGCUUUGCAUUUGAGUCUUGGAAAUGAUCAGUUUAUAAAACAUAACCCGUCUGCCAUUUCUUGUCAAAUAUGUGGAAUUUCUAUGUUUAAUUAAAUAUUUCUUCUUUUUAAAUGUUUUUUAUAACUUCCUAUUGGUGUUCACUCACCUGACAGUUUCCGUUUUUUCAACAUCUGAAAGUUAUUUAUUUAUGAUGGAAAAUACAUUCUUUUUUUGUAAUCAUGUUUUUUAACUUUGUGUUCACUUUGACCCAUUGAUGACUGAUCCAGUAAGAAUUUCAUAAAUGCAGCCUAGAGCGAGCAGAAUAUGACUGUGUUAUCAAUGUUAUUUUAACAAUAAAACACUCUUCUAUUGCA